UUAGUGAUAAUAAUAAAUCGUGUAUUAGGCCCUGGGCUUGGAAACCGUUUUAACCUAUUUGUAAAGUUUUAAGAACAUAAUGGCUGCAGAAUCGGAGGAGAAAGCUUUGCGUUAUAGAAGAGCUCAAAGUGUAACGCGAGCCGAAGAAAUUACAGAACAAGAAACCAAAGCAAGGAAGUCACAGCAAGAUAAACCAAUCCAUAAGCCAAGAGACUCCUUGUUCUCAUGGAGCUCCGGGUUCAAGAACUUCACCGGCCUGGUGAACUGGGGGUUCCUCAUGCUGUCCAUCGGAGGCCUGCGCUUGUGCCUUGAAAAUUUUCUCAAGUAUGGAUUUCGUGUGAACCCCAUAGAAUGGUUCGUAAUUCUCACAGGCCGGGAUGAGGGUGCCCAAAAUGAAUUCCCAUCAGUAGUAUUAAUAAUUUUCUCUGUUGUACUUGUUGUUGCAAGUCUUCUGAUAGAGAAAGCCUUGGCAGUGGAUAUGAUAUCCGGAAAAUUUGGAAGUAUCCUACAAGUAUGCUACCUUAUUAUACUGGUCACUUUACCUGUGGCUGUCUUACAAUACAGAGGUCAAGAAUUUAGUGUUGUGGGGAGGACAACAGUGUGUUUUAUUUAUUUAAUAUUAUUCUUGAAAUUAUGGAGCUAUGCCCAAACUAAUCACUGGGUCCGUAAAGGAGUGAAGGGAAAAUUCUCCAAGAACACUUUGCGGAGACAGAGUCUAUCUGCACCCAAUUACAAUGAGCUCAUUAACGCGGAACAAGAUCAAACCAUCGAGGAGGAGAAAGGCGACGCGUUCGCGGUUGCCGGGCUCGUGAGGUACCCCGACAACCUCAACCUCAAAGACCUGUUUUACUUCCUGCUCGCGCCUACCCUGUGUUAUGAGUUAAAUUUCCCCCGCACUACACGAAUUCGCAAGCGCUUCCUAAUCAAACGUCUACUCGAGGUGGUGUUCGGCGUGAACCUGGUGCUGGCGCUGUUCCAGCAGUGGAUGAUCCCGUCCGUCACCAACUCCAUCGUCACCUUCUCCAGGAUGGACUACCUGAAGAUGUUGGAGAGACUGCUGAAGCUUGCUGUACCAAACCAUCUCAUGUGGCUGUGCUUCUUCUACCUGACCUUCCACUCGUUUCUGAACCUAAUGGGCGAGUUGAUGCACUUUGCCGACCGGCACUUCUACGGCGACUGGUGGAACGCGAACAACAUCGGCACGUUCUGGCGCACGUGGAACCUGCCCGUGCACAAGUGGGCCGUGCGACACGUGUACAUUCCUAUAACCGAGAUGGGGUACAGCAAAACUACCGCCAGCGCCGCUGUGUUCCUUAUCUCAGCGUUGUUCCAUGAGUAUUUGGUGAGCGUCCCCCUGCAGAUGUACCGCGUGUGGGCGUUCCUAGGCAUGAUGGCGCAGCCGCCGCUGUCGGUGAUCUCUCGCUUCGCGGAGGUGCGACUCGGGCCGCGCUACGGCAACCUCAUCGUGUGGAGCUCCAUCAUCCUCGGCCAGCCGCUCGCCAUCAUGAUGUACUAUCACGACUUUGCGCUCCAGCACUUUAAAGCACAGGAACAGUGAAUACUGAAUACAAAAUGUGUCAUUUUCAAUCGAAAAGUAUCAUUUAGGACGCUUUGAACUUAUUCGUAAGGUACAAGCAAAUUUCGUCUUUAUGAUAAGCGACAAAGUGGUACCUUUUUCUUGAAAAGGACACAAAUAUUAUCUUCGAGAGUCAUUAGUUCAUUAAAAUGAAUAGUUCAAAUAUUUCUGGUAUUUUAGAGUUAGAUAUUCGUAAGGACUGAGCGAUUUUGACUUACGGCCCGUUAAUGAGUGUAGUUAGCGUACAAUUUUUAAAUACAAUACAAAAUGGUUCAAAUAUUUGUCCUAAGAAUAAACUGUUAGGUCUUACGAGGAUGUGGGUAAUUAUAGAGAAAACAUCGAUCAAAUUGAUAUCUUAAAAUACAUUUACAAAACGUGAAUAAAUAAGCAUUUAUGUAACAACUGUUCUAAGCAAUACAUACGGACCAAAUAUGGUGCCAAAUAUUUUUAUUAUUA